CGUAAGGUCGUCACUGCGGUUGUUGGUGCCUGUCUGCGCUUUUCUCAGCGCUGCCGCGUGCGGUCUGGCCGAUUCGUAUACACACUUUGCAAGGAAUCGAAGUGCGUGUUUGUGAUCUGUUUUUUCUACCCAAGUGUACUACGUAUCUCAUUGAGUGUAUCUUGUGUCCUCUGCAGUACUAUAGUGCAUUGAUCAGUGAUGAAGUGCAGACGAGUCGUCGCCGUUGCUGAGUAGUUAUAAACGCAGCUUCAAUGUAACCCCUUACCGCUUCACUAAACAGCGAGGCAAGUUCGUGCACGAAGUUGACGGAAAGAAAGGGGUUGAGCCCCUUGCAAGCGAGUACCGGUAAGAUGAGCCCAGCCUCUCAAGGUGCCCUCGAGGUUGAACGCUACAUCGGCAGCUGUCUGAUAACAUCGUCUGGAAGAUCUGGCCUGCAAAAGUCUUUUCCUGGCUGUCACAAGCAGGAAAUCGCCCUCAGGACGCCCAAACAACAACAGCAGCAGUUUCGACCAUACGAUCAGCAAUGCGGUGGCGGUGGUGGCAACGGUGGAGGGCCAUUCGGGGAAGUAGGUGCGUGGGCUGGUGGCAUUCCGCUAAUAAACAUGUCCAAUCCACGAAGAGUCAACAAUAGCAUUAACAACAACAACCAACAGCAACAAUCCUUAAUGUGCAAUAGCAAUCAGCAGGCAGUAAGUGAGCAGCAGCAGCAUCACUUACAAAACCGCGUACCUUUAUCAAGGCUCGCUGUGCACACUCAGGGAGCACCUCUCAUACUGUCCGGUCGGUUUCAUAACAAUCGAAACAAUAAGAUGCACACCGACAGACAGAGUUCUAAUGGUCUCAUCAACAAUAAUAAUAACAGCAACAGCAGUGCGCCAAAAUGUCAUCCGCAGUCGAAAGCGGGUGUUGGCAACAAGCCCACGAUGCUUGAGCAAAGGAGACCACAUCAGCAGCAACAGCAGUCUUUUUUAACUGGCAAACCGGCUGACGGGGCCAGCAGGGACGUGUCGACGGCUGGAACGACGACAGCAAACAUCGACUCUCUGAGCAUCGCGAGCGAUGAGAGUUCGGGCUCGAACAACUCGGAGAAUAGUUUGCCUCGGAUCAUAAAGCCGCGGAAGCGGAGAAAGAAGGAUCGCAAGCCGCCGCUGGUCGCCGGCGUGGUCACCACUAGUGUUCCGGAUAUUAAGACAGGCGACGAGUUGACCGCUGCAGCGCAAACAUCGACCAGCGUUAUUUCAGAACAUCAGCCACAACAGCAACAAUCCCAGAUAAAACCGUACCAAGCAAAUGGGAACAACAAUACGUACGAUGGUAGCCGGUACUCUGGAGAUAACUACUAUAACAACAACAACAACAAUAACAACAACAGAGGCUCCAGGCGCUCGAUGAACAGUAACAUGCGCGAUACUGGUUACGCGAGGCCCCUGCACAACUCUGUGAGCAGCCUAUCUUCGUCAAAUAGCAUAGUUCCAAAGUCGCAACCAGAGGUCAUCGACACGAGGCAGCAACCGUUGCAGCAGCAACAGUCACAGCAAAUGAGUGGAGGUGGUGGUGUCUACCCAGCCCAUCGGCACGUACAGGUGAAAGUGUUGGACGAUAACCGGAACGUGAUUCCAGUCUGCCAGUCUGGCAAAACCAAUUAUCAAUUGCGCCAGCCGCAGCAGCAGCAAAGAUUCCUGCACGAGCAUUGCACCGGAGAAUCGGUGACACUAACCUGUCAACAAGAGUCCGCGCCAUCCGACAUGUGUCUACCCGGUGAGGAGUGCAGCUUACAGGGCGCUCUGUGCCAGUGCCGCUACUGUGACCCGGCCACCCUUAUCUGGGACGUAAGCGGCCAGUAUGAAAUCGCUCCAUCAUCCCACCGACACCAUCAUCGUCACCAUCAUCAUCAUCACCACCAUCGGUUCUCUCAGCUGCCAGCCACAGUAUUUCUGGCCAGGCCGGUAAUUUGCCAGGAGCAUCCGAACGCUAUUGACCUGAUCGAUGUGACCGACAACCCGUGUCUCCGACUCAGGCCAGAUGGCUCGGCGAUAUUACGGCGCAGCUGGAGCGACCCAACGAGUUACUUCAGCGACGAUGUCGCAGUGGUCCCGAGUCGUGACGUGGGAGUCAUUGGCGACCGGGGUGGUGUGGCCCACGAUUCGCUCAAAGGACGUAGUUCCUGGCGGGGAGACGCCUCAACCGCCCCAGCCAACUCGUCUGGAUCGAGUGGUUGCUCGCCAAACAGUAGUCCUGGACUGCAAGGCCCCCUCGAGGUCUCCACGGAGAUCGUUACAUCACCGAACGGCCACCGUGACCUGGAAAUUAAGUUCUACUCAUCGUCGCCGACCACCUCGUACUAUACCCCGUACUCCGGCUCGGGUGCCGAAGAAGUUGGCUACAAGGGCGCGUUUAGCUUUGGAACAGAUGACGACGCGAGCAACGACUCGGAGGAGUUCAGCGACAUUUGGAGUUACCACGAGUCCAAGCUCCAACAGGACUUUCGCACGCUGCUCCAAGCCGAGGAGUGAUACUACAACGAAGAAGAAUGGCAGUACUGAGCGGGGAGAAGACAUAAAGGAUAAACUGCUUUUAUUUGCGAAAAAGUGACAAGAGUGAGUGAGUGACUGAGUGAGGGUGGCAGAGAGAAAGUGGGGAAGAGACUGUCGCUCUCUGGGCUUUCAAGUUGGAACAAAUAGAAAUUUAGGCAAACGACGAUUCGAACACUGCUGUUUGCGUGUGCAUGUAUCUGUUUGUUGCGCAAUGGUCUCGUUUUUAUCUCACGUUGCGUCUCUCUUUUUUUUUAUCCUCCCUUUUAGGCUCUUACGUACCGAGACAGUCGUAAACGAGUAUCUAUUCGUACGUGCGUGUCUAUACGUGUUCGGACGAGUUUAUCAUAUACCCGCAGGACCAACGAGCACUUUACGGGGGUUAAUUAACUAGUGGCACUUUCGAGCGAUCGGUUAUCGUUCUUUCGAGGAUGCGUGAACUGAACGACGAAAGAUACACAACGAUGUGUCUAAUUUAUUGAUAAGAUGGUUUCAUUGUGUUUUACGUAACUUCUUCAAUGGUCUAGUUGCGUAAGUUUUUUCCGCCCUAAGUAUACGUACGACUCGAUCGACGUGUGAGGUACUAUCGAAUUUUAAACGACAACAAGGUUACAUUAAUUGUUUGCUAAGUCAAUGGUUUCGUUUGCUUCUGAAACUGCGUAUACAUGGAGUCUUGAACUUCCAGGACUAGCCCAUAUGCCCAUGUAAGUGCAAGAAAGAGAAUAUGUGUUCUUGCUUCUUACUCGUACUCACACGGGCUUAUGGCUAGUCCUGGAAGCUCAAGACUCCAUGUAUACGCAGCCUAAUAAAAAAAAAAAAAAAAAAA